AUGUGUUCAAAAAAUAUUUAUUAUCAUGGCUCGAAAGUUACACCUGAAGAAAGAGUAAUUGCUAUCGGUCAAAGAGGAGCAUUUCAUGGUUCAACCGUCUGGUUAACAGGUCUACCAGCUUUUUGUCUCGAUGGUGAUAACAUUCGUUGCGGCUUAAAUAAGAAUCUUGGAUUUAGCGACGUUGACCGUGAAGAAAAUAUCCGACGAGUAGCUGAAGUAUCAAAGUUAUUUGCUGAAGCUGGUCUUAUGUGUAUUGUUUCAUUUAUUUCACCAUUUGAAAAGGAUCGUGCACAUGCACGGCGUCUCCAUGAAGAAUGUAAAUUGCCGUUUAUCGAAGUUUUUGUUGACACGCCAUUGGCGAUUUGUGAAGAGCGAGAUGUUAAAGGUUUAUAUCAAAAAGCAAGAAAUGGACAAAUAAAAAACUUCACCGGUAUUGAUGGCCUGUAUGAACGACCAUUGGAUCCCGAUAUAACGAUUGAUACCGCUACAACAUCGGCUGAGAAAGCAAUUGAAUCCAUUAUUGCCUUAUUAGCUGAACGAGGUGUUCUUUCGCCAACAUUAAUUUCAUCUGUGCGAGAAUUAUUCAUCGAUGAUUUAACGAAACAACAAAUAUUGGUUGAUUUGGACGAUAUACCGAGAUUAUCUAUAACGAAAAUUGAUAUGCAGUGGAUUCAAGUAUUAAGCGAAGGUCAUAUUGAAAAUCAAACGAUUCCAAUUGUUUUACCAUGCUCAACAGACGAUAAAGAACGUUUGAAAUCGUCUGAUUCAUCGAUACUUGCAUUAUAUUACAAUGAAACAGCUGUGGCUAUUAUACAAAAACCAGAAUAUUAUGAACAUCGUAAAGAAGAACGGUGUUGCCGUAUUUUUGGCAUUUGUGAUCGUGAACAUCCACAUAUUAAAAUGAUUAUGGACAGUGGUGACUGGCUGAUCGGAGGUGAAUUAAAAGUAUUUGAACGUGUACGUUGGAAUGAUGGGUUAGAUCAUUUUCGUUUAACACCCAAUGAAUUGAGACAACGUUUCCAUGAAAUUAAAGGUGAUCCAAUAUUUGCCUUUCAAUUACGUAAUCCUGUUCAUAAUGGACAUGCAUUAUUGAUGCAAAAAACAAGACAAUCACUGUUGGAUAAAGGAUUUAAAAAUCCUAUUUUAUUGCUUCAUCCAUUAGGCGGUUGGACAAAAGACGAUGACGUUCCGUUAGACGUUCGAAUUGCUCAAUACCAAGCGGUUUUAGAUGAUGAUGACAAUGUGCUUGAUCGAAACAAAACUGUAUUAGCCAUAUUUCCAUCGCCCAUGUUAUACGCCGGUCCACGAGAAGUACAAUGGCAUGCAAAAGCUAGAAUGACAGCCGGAGUCAAUUUUUAUAUUGUUGGAAGGGAUCCAGCCGGUAUUGGUCAUCCUCGAAUAAAAUCGAAAGAUUUAUAUGAUCCAACACAUGGUUCAAAAGUAUUAACAAUGGCACUCGGACUCCAUAGAUUAGAAAUCUUAGCAUUCCGAGUGGCUGCCUAUAAUAAAAUAGAAAAGAAAAUGGAUUUUUACGAUCCAUUAAAACAUGAUCAAUAUGAUUUUAUUUCGGGUACAAAAAUGCGACAAAUAGCACGAACGGGAGCAUUGCCACCCGAUGGAUUCAUGUCGAUUGCUGUGAUGGACAUCAAAUGUGUUAAAGUUGGAAUGACUAAUCAAAGUCAAUGGGUGGCUAAUCCUGAAUAUAUUAAUGUUCAUCAAAUACCAAAAGUGUUGACAACCGAUGUUGAAUUUGUACAAGAUGAUUAUGAUCGUAAAUUAUAUGAGUAUCAUUCAGAUGUAGUUGAUACAUAUGAAAGUCGAAAAUUAAGUAUACUGAAAAAUCCAUCACUCAGUUCCCUUGGUCGUCAUAUGCUGCUUAAUAAUCUUUUGUUCUAUUACAAUGAAUAUCGAAAAAUAAUUCGUUAUAUGGGUGGCGAAAAUAAAUCAUUGAUUCAAUGUCAACAAAUUGAAAAACCAUUAAUUAUCUGUUGUUUACCUCGAACGGGUUCGACAUUACUCUAUAAUCUUUUGUCAUGUGAUCCAAAUGCACGUUCACCUGUAUUAUCUGACAUGAGCGAUCCAAUACCACCUCUAGCACGAACAUCAGCUGUUGAACAUGAUCGAAGAAUGGCAAUGUAUGAAGAAGCAUUAUAUCGAAAAGAGAAAAUAAUACCGAAUAUAAUGAAAAAAUAUCAUGCAUCACAUCCGAAAUUUAUACAUGAAGAAGAUAAAAUCAUUCUUUAUUAUGUUGGUUUAGCAUUUUCACAUUUAUUUCUUUGUUUACCAACUGAUGAUAAUGAUGAUGAUGAUGGUGAUCAACAGAAUUUUGAAGAUUGGCUAUUAAAUGAUGAACUAAAUGAUAAAGAUUUUAUUUAUUUAUUUCAUAAAACAUUUAUAAAAAUGUUAAAUAUGAUUGAAAAACCAAAAUCACAUUGGCUAUUGAAAACACCAUAUCAUGCAUUUUAUAUAAAAACAUUAUUAAAAUAUUAUCCUGAUGCAUCUGUCAUUAUGAUACAUCGUGAUAUGCAACAAGUUUUAUCAUCAUUCUGCUAUUUAGAAUUAGCAAAUACAUUUUAUUAUUAUGAACGAAAUAAAUGUAAUUUAAAUCUGAUUGGUAAACGUGGCAUGAUAAUAAUUGAUCAUAUGAUUGAUAGUUUAUUAAAAUAUCGAAAGGAUCAUGCUGAUAAUAAAACAGUCAAGGGAAUAUUCGAUUUAAAUUAUCAAAAUUUAUUUAAUAAUCCCAUUUUAAGUGUUCAACAAAUAUACAAGUAUUUUAAUUAUGAAUACACAGAAGAAUUUCAUCAAAAUAUGUUAAAAUGGUUAAUGCAAAAUCCACAAGGAAAACAAGGCAGAAAUAAUUAUGGUCUUGAACAAUUUGGUUUUACAGCGCAAGAAGUUGAUAAACAUUAUCGAAAAUAUACAGACAUGUUCUUAUAA